AUGUCGAAUUUUCCAGCAUCUUUUGGUCGGGGCGAGAUCUCCCAACAUGGUGCACGAAAAGAUAGUAAGAUUAUGAUAGCGAUUCCAUCUAAAAACCCUUGCUCAAUACUAAAGAUUUUAUCCACAGGCCUUGCUGAAGAAAUCAUGAACGCUACUAUGGAAGGUGCAAGAAAUGCCAUGGAGAAGAGGAAGAGCUCAAGCGGUACUGAUGAGUUGGCCUUUGGUAAUUCUUUCAACUCCUUUGAGACAUGCAACAAUUUCUGACAUUUGAAGAAGGAACUCAUUAUUCUUCCGAUAUCGAGACUUCUAAGGAGGAGUAUGAUGCUCUUAAUCUUCCAACAGAGACGGAAAUUCCAAAGAAAGCAUUACUCCCAAGCGAGCAACCACUUAUCCCCUUCGAGCCUGCAAGAUUGAAGAAAGGCGAAAGAGCCAUAAUUACGCCAGAGAUCCAAGCCAUGCUUAAUGCAGCCGGGGUGCAAUCGAAUCCCAAGUACGAGGGCGAGAUCACGGCUGAAGUACUGAACGACUUACUUACGCCCGAGAAUGAGAACUGCGCACUUCACAUAACCUGUAUCCAUCCCAAAGCCGAGAUGAAGGAUCUAUUUCCAACGAUCCAUCAUGGGAAGGUAUAUUCUGUUGCUUGGAAUGCACCAAAUAGUGACUGGCCUAAUGCAGCUGCACGACUUUGUUUUUGCGUACGCGAAGCAGCAGAGAAGUAUCUCGAGGAGAGUGAGACUGGUGAUGGAAUCAGAAUUCUCGGGCAGAGAAUAAGCGUUGAGUGGAACCGAAAUAAGAAAUGUCCAGUUCCGGAGGAUCACCAAUCGCGAGUUAUACAACUGCGUGGACCACGAUCUUUUGGAUUUUCGGCUCAAGAUCUGUUAAAUUUCUUCGGCAAGGACAUGAAGCUUCAUAUCAUCUCUCGAAGAGAGUGGAACCACAAGACUGAUCAAAAAGUUGUCGAACUAGCGUUUUGCGGUAUUAGAGCCCAAUCCAGAAUGGCGUUUCGAUGCUUUAAGCAGAAGAUCGCCGCACAAGGACUUGGAGAUCAUUUUGAUAUUCGCUUCGCGCCUGAUCUAUGUGAUCCGAAUGCGGAUCAAGGCAAAGAUAUGUUCAUGUCGCGGCCACGAACUCCUCGUAUUCCACAAGCCAUCACACCACCACCACCACCACCACAACGUACUUUGGAGAGCAUCCGAGCCUCAAAUUGGCGUAGUGGCCAGAGGCCGAGCUCCAACUAUAUUUUCAAUGGUGGUAGAACCGCUUUUAAUCGACUCGGACCAAAAUAUGAGAAAGGUGCUGGCCCGGACGCGAAAAGUUGGAGACCUGCAAUGUGA